UAGGCCAACAUGCUACAUCGGCAUGGGCACAGUCGGCGUCCUAGUUUAUGAUCAUGAGUUGUUAUUAGAAUGUAGUUUCUCUUCACCUGCGCACAGCACUUCCUGGACAGUGUCAUGCACUAUCGACCCGAGUUCAAGGUCCCAAAGCCUUCGUAUUUCGUAGGCUAACACACACAGAAUGGGUCGAUAUUCAGGGAAGACGUGUCGACUGUUGACCAUGAUGUCGAUGACGGCCUCCUUCUUCUUGGUUGAGAUUAUUGUUGGUUACGUGACAAAUUCCAUCGCUCUUGUCGCCGACUCAUUCCACAUGUUAUCAGAUGUUGUUUCACUAAUAGUUGGAUUCGCAGCAGUUCGGAUUUCCAAGUGGACAACCGAGAAGAAUACAUAUGGCUGGGUGAGAGCUGAGGUACUGGGUGCUAUGAUCAACGCAGUGUUUCUAGUCGCUCUCUGUUUCUCCAUCCUUGUCGAGGCACUCAAGCGUCUGGUCGAUGUAGAGCAGAUAGAUGAUCCGAAAUUGAUGCUCAUUGUUGGAGGACUGGGUCUCCUUGUAAAUAUAAUUGGAUUGAUACUCUUUCAUGAACAUGGUCACUCACAUGGAGGAGGAGGGCAUUCACACGGAGGAGGACAUGGUCACUCACACGGAGGAGGACAUGGUCACUCACACAAAGAAGGACAUGGUCACUCACACAAAGGAGGACAUGGUCACUCACACGAAAUAAACAAACAAGAGGAGGAAUCCCUGAUGAAGAAGGACGGGGUCUCGAUAGCUAACGGAGACACUAUUGGGCCCAAAAUGAAUCACACAUGUCAUAUAUCCAACAUGUCUAUUUUAUCUAUAGAUAUUGACACUGAUCAUGCUGGUCCAUCCAGUGCUCAGCUGAACAUGAGGGGAGUAUUUCUACAUGUACUGGGAGAUGCUCUGGGGUCAGUGGUGGUUGUGGUGUCCGGAUUGGUCAUCUGGUUUGUAGAAGAUGACUGGAAGUAUUAUGUGGAUCCCGCUAUGAGCAUUGCCAUGGUUAUAAUCAUCCUUGUUACAACAAUACCAUUAUUGAAAGAAUCUGGUUAUAUACUUCUACAAGCUGUGCCAGAUCACAUACAAAUGAAGGAAAUAGAAAAGAAAAUCAAAAAGAUUGAGGGUGUAACAGAAAUACACGAAUUCCAUGUAUGGCAGCUAAGUGGUAACAAACUGAUUGCAUCUAUACACAUACCAAUGCAAACCGAGGAUGUUGAGGAAUGUGAUGCCAUAGCCAUGAAAGUCAAAAAUGUGUUCCACAGAGUCGGGAUCCACUCCUGCACAAUACAGCCUGAGUUUGGGGAGGCUGAAGAGGGUAGCAACUGUCCCUGUCGAUUACAGUGCGGACCUGACAAGGCCUGUCAUCCGGAUACCUGCUGCCCCCAGGAGAAAACCAACAUAAAACAAGAUAGAAAUCCUAAGUCUACCACAGUUGUACAGAUGUCCUCUCUUACAGAAAAGGCAGAGACAGAAAAAACGUCGCGUGGAGAAGUAUGAAGCAAUAUAUUACUAUGCUUCGUUCAAUAAUGUACCAAAGAUAUGAGAGAAAAAACUUGUUUUGUUAUAUUGUCUCUACAAUAUCAGCCAUUUGAACGGAUCUCUUCUCAAACUGUUUGAAAUCUACAGAGUUUGUAAAAGUUAAUGUUUUUAACAUGAAUGUGAAAAGUUAUUAAGUAUUAUUAAGUACAGCAUGAGUUAUAUAUAAACUAAUUGGAGAAAUUAUCAAAAUGAUUAUUACAGUAUCAACUUAGCCCAAAACACCACUUUGUUUGGGGCAUAGUCUGCUAUUUAGUGUAAGGUAUAAAAUAUAUAUAGUGUAUUAAUAUUCACAGUUUACCGGUUAUUAUGGAACCUAAAUAAUAUGGUCAAAGUAAUUAUCAUCUGUUUUUAGCUAACCUGGACCGAAGGUCUGGUGAGCUUAUGCCAUGGCGUGGCAUCCGUCAUCCGUCGUCCACCAACAUUUGCUUUAAAUCACUACUAGUCAUAAAAUACUGAGUGGAUUUUAACCAAAUUUGUUCAGAAACAUCGUUGGGGAAUAGGUUACAGGUUUUGUAUUAAUGACGUUCUGACCCCAAAGAGGCCAAAGUUGCAGGUUCAAAUAGGAGAAAUACAGGUAAUUUCUUUAAAUCGCUACUUGUCAUAAAGUUAUUGAUGGAUUUCAACCUAAUUUAGUCAGAAACAUCCCUGGGGAAAGGGAGCUGAUUUUACA